GAGAAUGGUUCUGCUCCUUGUUGCCGCAUUUGCCUCGAAUGCGAUGGUGAAGAAGAUGAUGAACUAAUAUCUCCAUGUAUGUGCAAAGGCACCCAGCAGUUUGUUCAUCGUGCUUGCCUUGAUCAUUGGCGUUCGGUAAAGGAAGGAUUUGCUUUCUCCCAUUGCACGACUUGCAUGACUCAGUUUCAUCUUCGAGUUGAAUUGUUUGAGGACAACUCUUGGCGUAAAAUAAAGUUCAGACUUUUUGUGGCAAGAGAUGUCUUUCUUGUGUUCUUGGCUGUACAAACUGUGAUAUCUGCAAUGGGAGGCUUCGCAUAUGUCAUGGAUAAAGAUGGGGCUUUCCGGAAGUCAUUCAGUUAUGGUUGGGAUCGAAUACUGUCAAACCACCCUAUUCCAUUUUAUUAUUGCAUAGUUAAGCUUCCCUGA